CUCUCCCUCCAACGCUCCAGCAGCUUCAAGGACUUUGCCAAGUCCAAAGUCAGCUCCCCUGGAGAUGUGGAGGAGGAAGGGUCCCCGUGUCCCCUGUCCCCAACUGGUAGCACAGAAGAGUCGAGCCACCAAAAGAUGCCCCUGUCUUACCUGGAGAUGGAAGAAGAUGGGCACCACUCCAUCAGCCGCCAGCUGUCCAGUGGUGAGCGUGGUCCUGUUUCCAGCCCUGGCCCAAGGCUGGAGGAGACCAGCCCGACCUACACCGGCCCCUUCUGCGGCCGAGCUCGUGUCCACACCGACUUCACACCCAGCCCCUACGACAAGGACUCGCUGAAGCUGCGGAAAGGGGACAUCAUCAGCAUCAUUGAGAAGCCACCUGUGGGCACCUGGACCGGGUUGCUCAACAAUAGGGUGGGCUCCUUCAAGUUCAUCUACGUGGAUGUCAUCCCCGAGGAGACAACCCCUGCCCGCAAGAGCCGGGGCUCCAGCAAGAACAAGCGCCUCAAACCCAAGACCCUCCAUGAGCUGCUGGAGCGCAUCAACCUGCAGGAGCACAUCUCCACCCUGCUGCUCAACGGCUACCAGACCUUGGAGGACUUCAAGGAGCUACGGGAGACCCACCUCAACGAGCUGAACAUCACGGACCCCCAGCACCGCGCCAAGCUGCUCACGGCUGCUGAGCUCCUCUUGGAUUAUGACACAGCCAGCGAGGCAGAGGAAGGUGACAACUCUGCA